AAAUAAAAAUAAAACUAACAUUUUCGCUGAAAAACUGUUAAGAGAAAGUGUUUCCUGAGUCAGUUCAAAACUCCCGGCAAGAACACAAAAGCAGAGUAAACAAAGACGAAACCAGAAACACCGUCAAAUCUUCACAACAUUCCUAUGGAUUACCUUAAAUCUGCGCUUCCUUCACAAAUAAUGUCAGAACGAGGCUCCAAUCUAGUUGUUAUCAACCCAGGUUCUGCAAAUAUUAGAAUUGGAUUGGCUUCACAAGAUACCCCUUUUAAUAUUCCUCAUUGCAUUGCUCACCAUACCAAACAGGUUCCUAAGAGGAAUGUUCAAGAUCAGAUGCUUAAUAGUCAAGUUACAACUGCACAACACAUGGAAAGGGAAAAGGCUUAUGAUGUUAUUGCGUCGUUGUUGAAGAUACCGUUUCUGGAUGAAGAACCUUCCGGUAACUCUUUCAUAAAUUCCAUUGUACUAAAUGCACAGAUGGGACGUGUUGAUGGAUACAAUCCACAUAUUAUCAGGAAAGAUUUGCCCUUCAGUUGGACUAAUGUCUACGAGGAAGUCACUGGUUCAUCUUCACAGUCAGCAUUAGAGAUUUCGAAUAAAGAUGAGACUAGUGAGUCUUUGGACCCAAAAGAAGGUAUAGAUUUGAAGGAAAUUGGUGUGAGCAAUAGAAAACUCAGAAAAUUCAUUUGUGGUGAGGAAGCAUUAAGAAUAGCGCCUACCGAACCUUAUUGUUUAUGUCGUCCAAUCCGCAGAGGACACUUGAAUAUUUCACAACAUUAUCCUAUGCAACAGGUGCGUGAGGAUCUGCGUGCUAUUUGGGACUGGAUUUUAAUAGAGAAACUGCAUAUUCCGCGCAAUGAAAGAAAUAUGUACUCUGCUAUUCUUGUGAUGCCAGAAACAUUUGAUAAUCGCGAAAUAAAGGAAAUACUAUCUCUAGUACUGCGAGAACUCUGCUUUGGCUCAGCAGUGGUGCACCAGGAAGGUCUUGCUGCAGUUUUUGGAAAUGGUUUAUCAACAGCAUGUGUAGUGAAUAUUGGUGCUCAGGUUACAUCACUUAUAUGCAUAGAGGAUGGAGGUGCUCUACCUUCAACUGCAAAGACUUUAACUUUUGGCGGUGAGGAUAUAUCAAGAAGCCUUCUCUGGAUGCAAAGGCAUCACCAGACUUGGCCACAAAUUCGAACAGAUAUGUUGACAAAGCCUAUAGAUCUGUUAAUGUUGAAUCAACUGAAAGAGUCAUAUUGUGAAAUCAGAGAGGGACAACUCGAUGCUGUUGGAGUGGUCCAUUCAUAUGAGGACAAAGUGCCGCCUGGAUCUCACAGGACAAGGCUUACUGCUCUUAAUGUUCCUCCUAUGGGGUUGUUCUAUCCAACGCUUUUUGCUCCUGAUGUGUAUCCUCCUCCACCACGCACUUGGUUUAAGGACUAUGAGGAUAUGCUAGAAGACACAUGGCAUAUUGAUUUUGCCCGAAGGCCUGAUAUGUCGGAUACUUUCUAUCCUAAUGUUAAUGGAGGAUUACCCAUGUGGGAAAGUUAUCCAGUUUUUUCAACUAAGCCAAAAAAAGAAGAAAAUAUUGGCCUUGCAGAUGCUAUUACCAACUGCAUUCUCUCAACUGGUCGCAUUGACAUUCAGAGAAAAUUAUUUUGUAGCAUUCAAUUGGUUGGUGGAGUGGCGUUGACUAAUGGUUUAGUUGCCGCUGUUGAAGAAAGAGUUUUACAUGCUAUUCCUCCAAAUGAAGCAAUUGAUACAGUGGAGGUUAUACAAUCGAGGACAAAUCCAACAUUUGUGUCGUGGAAAGGCGGGGCGAUUCUUGGAGUACUUGAUUUAGGUAGGGAUUCAUGGAUAAAUAGGGAAGACUGGAUUCACAAUGGGGUUCACAUUGGAAGUAACAGAAAAUACAAGGACUCUUAUUAUCUUCAAGCUCAAGCUAUGUGUUACAUGAAUUCUUGAAGGUCUCUGAUACAUCUUCAAGUUUGAAUUAGACUACUACUAAAUUCAUGGAUUAAAGUCACAACACAAAUGAUUGAUAAAGUCACAACACAGGAGUUUAAACAGUUUUUUAUGAUGUUAAUUAUAUUUUUAAUGUAUCAAUACAGAUUAGUUGUUGAUGUGGACCAACCCUAUAUGAAGGCUGAUGAGCUUCAAGAACUAGGAGUGGAAGGACCAUUGACUAGAGGGAAGACUAGGAAGCUAAAAGAACAAUUAAAGAAACAAGUUGUUAAUUUACAUAGUUUAAGACCUAUGAAAAUUAACAACUUGUUUCUCUAAUUGUCCUUCUACUCCUAGUCCUUGAAGUUCAUUAGCCUUCAUGUAGGGUUGGUCCACAACAGUUGUGGAAUUAUUCAAUUAGUGAAAAAAAUUCACACGGCGACUCAUUUAGCUGUCCCUUCGUAUGUAUUAAAAAAUAGGUUUAAUUUGAUUGAAGUUUUAGUUUAUUUAUUUUUAUCA